AUGCUUGUCGUCGGCGCGCGCACCAUCCUACCGCGGCGUCUACUCUUGCCCUCACACGCGGUGCGCACACUCUCCACCGCCACACAACGGGCUCAAAGCUUCGCAAUGGGAUCGAACGGCUCGUCGACGGCGCGCGCCGCGUGGCUGGCGUCCAUCGAUGCGGUGUACACGCUCUUUGAGCACCCCACUACAUGCGCGCUUUACCCCGCUCUGGCACGAAAGGUGGCCAGCGCAGUGGGGUUGUGCGAGCAAGUCCUGGCCGAGGUAGGCGAGGCCCACUGUGCACUCAGCUUCAACGGCGGGAAAGACUGCACCGUGCUCGUGCACAUCCUAGCUGCGGUGCUGCGUCGACGCAAUGCCGAGCAGGGCACACGACCAAUGGCUGCACUGUACAUCACGUGCCCCUCACCGUUCGUCGAGGUGGACCGCUUCAUCAAGUUCUGCGUUGAUCCGGUACACGGGUAUAACUUGCAGAUUGUGGCGGUGGAUGGCGGGAUGAAGGAGGGGAUCAGGACGUAUCUCAACGGAGGAGGAUCGAGGCAAGAGCAGGGAAAGAGGGAUGUAAGGGCGAUCUUUGUGGGCACGAGGAGGGACGAUCCGCAUGGCCCGCAGUUGGAGGCGAGGAGUUGGACGGAUAAGGACUGGCCGAGAGUGGAGAGGAUCCAUCCGAUUCUCGAGUGGACGUACGGCGAUGUGUGGGAGUUCCUGCGGUGUCCACACCUAGCCACCUCCGAAUCGGAACUGCCGUUUGAUAGGAAGACGAUGGAGGAAGAGUGGGGUACGACGGGGGCGGGCGAAAGAGGUGUGCCCUACUGUGUGCUGUACGAUCAGGGGUAUACGUCGUUGGGCUCGACAUUCAACACGCGCCCGAACCCGCAGCUCCAACAGGGCGGAAAGUGGAUGCCGGCAUACAUGCUCAAGGACGCGAGCCACGAACGAGCCGGAAGGAUCAACACCCCGCAAACGCCGCAACCGCCGCAAUAG